AUGGCGACAAACACUAACGAGGCUAAUGGCACUGCUGCCUCUGAGCAACCUCCUAUGCAAACACCGAACUCCCAGCCUGCAUACGACUUUUCAAGCCUCUUGCCCCAGCGGGAUAUUGAUGCCUUUUACAGUGCCGAAUACGGAGAAACCACAGACGAAGACCGCUACGACUGGAUCUUGCUGUUCUGUGGCCUCCGCCAAGAUUGGCUGAAAGUCCAAGAAGACAUACGUAUCAUUGCAGACGAGGGGGUGGAUAUUAACUCUGAGGCCUCAUACUUCUUCGGUCAAUUCCAUGAGGUCAUGCAAGAGCGUGUUGCAGCCGUGGCACGUGGCGAGCCUAUUGUCGUAAAGGGUCAUCCGGAUAGGGUGCCAGGACAGAUGAUGAAGAAGUGGGCAGCCGAUAUUGCAGCGGGUAAACCUUCACUUUAUCAUCGCCUCGAGGCUGCGCUUGCCGAAGCGUUCAAGGAACGCGGACUGUUGGGGUCUCAUGGGCUUGACCCAAACAUGGCUAAAGCAACUUCGUCGGCCGAAAAUUUGGAAGCAGGACCCACUGGGUCCGGAGAGUCGACGUCUGCUGGAGACGAAGCGCAGGCAUGA